UCCGGCCAAUCCUGAAGGACGACGAGACAGGUGUUUGUGACGUCACGGACACUGCGCACGCAUUCCUAGGAUCCUUGCAGAGAUGGGUGAGGGGGAGCCGAGGGCUGAGGGGCGAGGAGAGAGCAGCGUAGCCCGGGGCCUUCGGGGCCGGACCCACUCCUAUUAAGCUUACUCAUAGGGGGAACGGGGGGAGGGGGUUGGGGUCUGUUAGACACAGCUGGGGUUUGGUAGAGACAGACAUUGAUCCGAGACUACCCAAUCCGUGCAUCGCUGUAGCCGGUAGAGCGGAGGUGCCUGCUUGUGCGUGUGCUUGGUUUAGCGGCAGUGCGGCUGUGUGCAUGUGUCUGUGCAGAGCAGAUUCAUUGUGUGGGGCCAGUGGGGCUGUUCCUCAGUCUGUGCGUGUAACAUAGGGUUGUUGUGGCGGGUGGGCUUGGGGUGUGACAGUUUUAGGGAGCCGGUCGGGAGGGGUGAGUGUAUCCGACACAUGGGGGGGAUCUGGGGCCACUUUUGCAGACUGGAUCGUGUUACACUCAGCCUGGCGUUCUUCUCUGGCACCGAGGAGGGUGUUGGGCAGGUAGCACUUGUGGUGGGUGUCGGACAGCAGCUAAUCCCCCACUUAAGCUGUGAGCCAGUGUAAGGUCCUUUAGCCGCCCCACCGGGAUUCUACUGAGCCAACUGUUCUGUCCCAUUCCUUGUUCCUUGGUUUAGGUUGUGCUUAGCGGCUUUGCAGUUGUUCGAUAUUGGAAGCAGCAGCAGCAGCACAUGUUACAAUUGGAUUUUAUUGGUAGGAGCGGUAAAGGCAUGUAAUAAGCAGUGCAGUUUAGCGCAGGUGUGUCUGCUGGCUGCGUAGGCUCUCACACUGGCUGAUCGGGGCCCUGGGCUUGGUGUGUGCAGCACAGACUGAGGCUCCCAGCUUCAGCACCAUCGGCUCCGGACAGCGCCCCAUGGAGCUUCCCAUUAGCUUCCUGUCAGACAGCAGCCGCCCUGUAGCCUCCUCGGAGCCGGGAGAACUGGCAGGUUUUGGGCGGGGGGAGCUCGAGUUUGAUGAGGAGCUGCUAUUUCUGGCCGCUGAAGGAGAGGGGCACCCUGAGGAAAUUGAGGGCCCGGAGGUCGGAGAGCAGUCAGAACUUCUGUGCAUUAUAAGGCAGAAGGAGAAGGAUCUGGUGCUGGCAGCCAGGCUGGGGAAGGCUCUGCUGGAGAGAAACCAGGACAUGAGCAGGCGCUAUGAGGAGAUGCAGAAGGAGAUGACUGACAGGCUGGAGCAUCUGGAACAAGAAAAACACGAAUUAAGGCGAAAACUGGAGAAUCGUGAGGGAGAGUGGGAAGGAAGGGUGUCAGAACUUGAGAGUGAUGUGAAGCAGCUACAAGAGGAGCUGGAGAAGCAGCAAGUGAAUUUAAGAGAAGCCGACCGGGAGAAAUUAUCUGCUGUCCAGGAACUGUCAGAACAAAACCAAAGACUCUUGGAACAGCUUAGCAGAGCUACAGAAAUGGAGAGGCAACUCUCCCAGCAGGCGACUGUACUUCAGGAAGAAUUCCGGGAGAAAAGUCUGUCUACAAGCCAGCAUGUUUCACAGUUGGAAAGUCUCUUAGCUGAGCAAAUCCUAGAAAUAAAGAUGCUUUCAGACCAUAAACGAGAACUGGAGCAACAACUGAGCACCAUCAUGGAGGAGAAUGAGCAGCUUCAGGGACUUGUGGAGGAACUGCACGACAAAGAGUUAAGCCUAAAUCAGCAGAGUUUUGAGAAGAACCUACAGUUAAGAGAUAGUCAGCUGGAGUUAGAAGAACUGCGCCUUUCUUAUCGGCAGCUGGAGGGGAAGCUGGAGGAGCUCCAAGAAGAGAAGAGCCUUCAGCAUAUGAACAGCACAAGCACCUCCCUUCUGUCUGAGAUUGAGCAAAGCAUAGAAGCAGAAGAACAGGAACAGGAAAGGGAGCAGCUGAGAUUGCAGCUCUGGGAAGCACAUUGCCAGGUCCGAUCUCUCUGCUGCCAGCUCAGAGGGAAUGAGAGUGCAGACUCUGCAGUCUCCACUGACUCUUCCAUGGACGAAUCGUCUGAAACCUCAUCUGCCAAAGACGUGCCAGCCGGCAGCCUACGCACAGCCCUGAGUGAACUGAAGAGCCUUAUAUUGAGCGUCCUAGAAACCUGUGACUCUGCUAGCUCAAGAAAAUGUGAAGAUGAUGGCUUAGAGGAACAGAUCAAACAAACUAGUGAAGACUCCAGGGCUCUACGGGAACUUUUACAGGGAGAACAAGUCAGAAUGAAGCAAACAUAUGAUGAACUGCAAGAGCUUCAUAAACAGGUAACUUUGCUCAGCGUUGAAAUGGCUGCACUCAAAGAAGAACGAGACCGCCUCCUAGUACUGACCCAGAAUAAUGAAACCCAAGAGCAGUUAAUGAAGGCUAUUAAGGACCGUGACGAAGCUAUAUCCAAAAAGACUGCGGUGGAACUGGAACUGGCGAAAUGUAGAAUUGAUGUGAUGUCCUUGAACACUCAACUAUUAGAUGCCAUUCAGCAAAAACUGAAUUUGUCUCAGCAGCUGGAGGCAUGGCAGGAUGACAUGCACAGAGUCAUUGACCAGCAAUUGAUGGACAAACAUCAGAAGGAAUGGAGCCAACCUACAUAUUCCUUCUCCAACAGCCACCAUGUAAAACAAUGCAGCAAGGCUGUCGCUAUGAACCAUGCAGAACGGCCAGGAGAAGAGUCCGUUGGGGCAGAAGGGAGGCGCCUUUUCUCAUUUCUAAAGAAAACGAAGUGUUAGUCUUUUUCUGACUUAGGAGAAAAGCAGAUCUUGAUGGGUCCUUGUGCUGCUUUCACAGCAAUGAAAUUGAAUAGCAGAGCUGGCUGUGCUGCUUUUAUACUCCUGCAGAAAAAGGAUGUUGGUGUUCUAAACCUUUGCCUGAAAGUGCAAUAAACAAAGUAAUGCUCAUAUGAUAUCUGAUAGGUAAAAGCUGUAUCUUAUAGCAGCAGAACAAGAAUUUAAGGCAGAGAAUGGCAAUGUUGUUUGGUUAGCUGGAUCAAAUGCUAGGGGAACACCUGAGUGAAAUACAAGCUGGAUGCAGACAUUGACAGCAACUACUAGAAUAGAAUGUGGUUUCACACACCCCUCAAGUAUAGCAUUUGGUUCCAAUUUGAUGUAUUUUCGAUUUUAGAGAUCAAAAUGCUUUUGUUAAGAGGAUUUUCUGUGAAUAUUUUGCACUUUGCGCUACCUGUUUCUAGUCACUGCUUCCUUUGUUACACUAGCAGCAGAAAUUCCAGGUUUAAAAAUGUCCCAAGCUGCUUGGGUUGCAGGGAACAGAGUCCUACCUCUGGUCUUCCAGACAGAGCACAGUGGAACCAUAGAAACCUGUUCCUUCCAGUCCAUGUACUGACAAAUGCUCUGUGUAUAUAGACAUUUUCUAAUGAAUACAGAUGUUUUCUAAUAUAUAUAUAUAUAUAUAUAUAUAUACAGAAAAAAAUCCUAUUUUAGUACAGAUUAUGCUUUCUAUUGUAAAGCCACCGAAUAAAAUAUUUAUAUGAA